AGUUACUCACAUUUAAGAUUUUUCCUUUAUUUAGAUGAAAAGUGGCAUCAGUUAUUUCAGAUUCAUUUGAAGUUCUUUGUUUAUUUCUCGGCUUUUGUAAAUUUUAGCGCUGACACACGUGUUUAAGACGAGUGAUAUUUAAGAUGUCUGAAACUAUGGAGGUGUCAACAGCUAGCUCUAAUGGAGAAGUGACAGUUAAUGGUGAACUGACUGAUAAUGGUGAACUGACUGAUAAUAAUGAACUGACUGAUAAUAAUGAACUGACUGAUAAUAAAGAAGAAAAGUGUGAUGGCAAAGCAAAGUUUUGCUUCAGGUGCCAAAAAGAGAUGGAUGGCUUAACCACUUACAGACCUGAGGAAAUGACUUCCAAAGAUUAUUAUUUCGAUUCCUAUGCACACUUUGGAAUACAUGAGGAAAUGUUAAAGGAUGAAGUUCGAACUUUGACUUAUAGAAAUGCAAUGUUUCAUAAUAAACACUUGUUUCGUGGGAAAACUGUUUUGGACAUAGGAUGUGGUACAGGAAUUCUGUGUAUGUUUGCUGCAAAGGCUGGAGCAACUAAAGUCAUAGGGAUUGAAUGCUCCGGAAUUGUAGAACAUGCUGAAAAGAUAACCAAAGAAAAUGGGUUAGACAACGUUAUUACUAUUGUGAAAGGGAAAGUAGAAGACGUUGAAAUACCCGCUGAAAAAGUUGACAUCAUCAUUUCUGAGUGGAUGGGUUAUUGUUUAUUUUAUGAAUCAAUGCUAGAUACAGUACUCUAUGCUCGCGAUAAAUGGCUGAAACCUGAUGGAAUGAUGUUUCCUGAUAGGGCAACUUUAUUUCUAUGUGCCAUUGAAGAUAGGCAAUAUAAAGAUGAGAAAAUCAACUGGUGGGACAGCGUUUAUGGAUUUAAUAUGAGCUGUAUAAGGAAGGUUGCUAUUUCAGAGCCACUUGUUGAUGUUGUUGAUCCUAAACAAGUUGUAACAAAUGUCUGCUUGUUAAAAGAAGUUGACUUGUAUACUGUUAAAACUUCAGAUUUGAAAUUCGCUAGUCCUUUUCAUUUGCAAGUAAAAAGGGAUGAUUACAUACAAGCCUUUGUCACAUUUUUCAAUGUAGAGUUCACCAAGUGUCAUAAACGAACUGGCUUUUCUACGGCACCCGAAGCUCCCUAUACCCAUUGGAAGCAGACUGUCUUCUAUUUUGAUGAUUAUCUGACUGUUAGGAAAGGAGAAGAAGUUUAUGGAAUGUUUAAAAUGUGUCCCAAUGAAAAGAACAAAAGAGAUUUGGACUUCAGUAUUGAAAUUGAUUUUAAGGGAGAAUUGAGUGACUUGAAUGAAACUUUUGUUUAUAGAAUGCGCUAAGUUGUUGCUUCGUAUGUAUCUCUAGUGUAUAUUUUGUUUCAAUUAAUUUUUUUUUUCAUUUCCUCUCAUCAAUGAUUGUUAAUCAUAAAAAUUUUCUUUUGCAUUUUUAAAGCAUUUCUGUAUUAGAUGGAAGAAUUUUAAAAGAACUGAAUGUUUUAUUUCAAUCAGUAUUUUAUAAAUCAAGAUAAAUCAUAUUUCAUUUUAUAACCAUUUCUUUUAUUUUUGCUUUUGUUUUGGACAUUGCAAACUUUUUGUGGUGGUACUUAGACUGUUCCUAUAAAAAUUUAGGAAUUAGUAUGCUGCAAUCUUGUAUACAAUCAUAAUUUUAGUUUACUAUUGGGUUGACAAGGAAGUAAUAUUUUCUUUUUUAAUCUGAAUUUAAACAGAAUUUUUUCUAUACAAAAGAUGAAGAGUCAAAUAUAUUUUUGGUAACUUUAUGAUCCGGCUCUCAUUUAUGAACAAAUCACUCUACUGGAUUUUGCCGGUUUCUCCUGGUCUACUGGGUUAAUUAAAAUUCUCCUGAUUUGUGUACAUUUUAGAAUACAUUUUUAAAGAUGAGACCAAAUUUUUGCUCUAAACCCUAUACAUGGUGUUUAACUUUUUUAAAAGGUGCUUAUUUUUUAUCUUUGUUUUUUAAAAGCCCUUAAAUGUGCUUUUUUUAUUUUGUGUUUUUAAAAAGUGCUUAAUUUCCCUUUUUCAGAAAUGAUAUUUUUUAUUUACCUGUCAAUUUUCCCCAAGUAAUAUGCGAAGGCGUGGUUUUCACAUUGCUCUAUUCAUUGUUGUCACAAUUCAUUCAAACUCAAUCCGUUUCGUUGCAUAGUGUAUGAAAGCACCAAUAACUUUACAUGUUUGGUGAAAUACUUGCGGGUCCGCAUGUCCUUUUACUGAGCUAGAUUAGUAGGAAGAAUUCUUGUACUCUGAUGUGCAACACUGCUGCAUUUUUCAAGAUAUUAUCAUUUUCAGGCUUCAUUUUCCACCCUCUGAAAUCAAACCAAAAAUUCUUGAUCUUUUUGUGGUGCCUAUUAUAAUUAAAAUAGGAGCUCUUUGUCAGAAACUAGUGAUUUUGUGAUGAUCAUGUUAAAGUCUUAACGUAUAUAGUGCUUAAAAAGUACUUUAAAGGUGCUUAUUGUUUGUUAAAAUAUUUGGCUAUCCACCCUGUUAAAAUUUUUGGGAUCAUGAAGUUAUUAGAAAAAUGGCCAAAAGUCAUUGAACAGAAUGAAUAAUAUUUGACUCAUUAAAAUUCCUUUUUUGUAUAGAAAAAAUUACUUCGCACUAAAAAAAUUUCCUUACCAACCUAAUUAUUGAAAUUCAGUAGUUAGAAAAAUAUUUUUGAACUUGUGAGGCAUGUAAAUUUGCCUGUAUUGUAUUACAUAGAAAGAGUUUUUUUAACGUAAAAUUCAAACUGUCAAAUCUGUAACUCUUUAACAAAAAUUAAGUCUUUCUGUGUAAAAAUUGAAUUAGUAUAAAUUCAACUGUACUUUCUUAUGAAGGUAUUUGUGAAUUUUUGUGCAUUUUGUUGUGAAGAAAUAUGCAAUUUGAUUGUGGAUUGAAUGUUUUCUUAGCCUACUGAGUUUUCUGAAGUAUAUUCAUGCAGCCAGUUUAUUUAGCUACUCAAUGGGUUAAAAUUCUGUGCUCUGUUUUUUUGCUUGAUAGUUGACUUAUUGACUGAAAUCAGUGUAGCGUCUUCUAAAAAUUUGGAUUAUCAUUUUAUGUAAAUGCUACACUUGCUUUUGCCGUAAAGAACAACUGUUAAUAUUUCAACUGUUGAACUUUGGAUUUAAUGCUUUUUGGCAUUGCAAACUAGUCUCCGCUUUUAAAAAAAGAAUAGUUUAAAGCUGUAUUAGGUAAACCAUAAUUAUAACAUAUUCCAGAAACAUUUCUCUCUUUUUCUGAUAUUAUAUAUAUAUCAGUCAUCUAAAAUUAAUGAAAAGGAUUAGGGACCUUGUAAUUCUAUAAAAUUAUGUGGAUAAUGAAGAUGCCCCUUGAAGUAUGUGGGUUUUAUUAUCCGAUAUUUCUUCUUAUUUUGUUUGUUUACUUCUUUUCCUGUGCGUUCUUAAGUCAGACUUAGGAUAAGAAUAAAGAUAAAAUUAAUAAUUAAUUCAUGUUUUUUAAAAAAAAUUUCUAAUAUGUAUAUUUAAAAGUUAAAACUGAUGACUGUUAAAACUGAUGACUAAAAAUCUUUUCUGUAAUAAAUUUAAUGUUUUGAAAUAUUAACCAAAUCUUACUGUAAUAUGUAUUUGUCUAUUCAAGUAAUAGAUGGGUGUGUUUAUUAUUGAUUUAUCAAUAACUUUUGAAUUGAAAACAUGGCAACAGAUUCUAUUGAAAAAAAUACAUAGUCAAAUGCUUAUUUUAUUGCUUAAAAACCAACGCAAAAUCAAUUCAUUCAAUAAAUUAUAUUAAUUUUUUGUGUUUUAAUCAAGGAAUUUGUGCAAAUUACUAAAACCACUUGUAGUUCUUACUAGCUGUAUAACACAUUUAUUAAAAAGAUAAUAAUAAAUAAAUGAAAGUAAUACAAUCAUAAGGUAUAUCUUCUAUGUACUAUUUUUGUUUGAAUAAACAUAUUGCAUUUUUCUGAAUAUAUUUUUUUCUUAUAAAAUGGAUUGUAAAAUUUAAUGAAUUUUAUAUACAGUAGGGGUUGAGUUGCACUCUUUUCACUACUGUUUUAUUUGUUAUAAAUUUGUACAAAUGAUAAAUUGUUUCUUUCUGUUUUCUAUUUAUAAAAUUCCCUUUAAUCACACAAUUAAUUGUAACUUCUUUUUUUUUUCUUCCUAUUUCAAUAAGUGCAGUUCACAUCAUACUUAUUAACUCAUUUUUAAAUUGCAACAUUCUGUAUGUUAUUUGAAUUUAUCUAUUCAUAGCUGCCAACUGUACUUGAUUUACCUGCAGACUAUUGGGUUUUGCCACUUUCUACUGGUUUGAUAAAAAUUCACCUGGUUUUUGUACAUUUUUGAAAAUUCCCUAAAUUGAGCAAGUUUUCUAGAACAUUUAUAUCAUUUAAUGUGGAUCAUAAACGGAAAAUAUUUUAGACCAUUUAUAUAGUUAUUAGAGGGAUAAAGUUGAAUUGUAUUCUGAUAGCAAUAAAAAAAACCUAAAGUCCUCUAUAUGUAAAAUAUUUAGUAUAUCAUGCAACAGUUAUCAUGGGAUUUAUUUCGUAAAAUCGACUGGAUUUUUUUCCUGUCCAUGUUGGCAGCUAUGUCUAUUUAAUCACACAAAUUUUAUUGGAUAAAUUUUGUAUCUACCACUACAAAAAUAUAAUUCCAAUUCUCUAGUAUAUAAGACAUGUUAACUCAAUUCCAUGAUAGAGUACCUUUUCAUAGAUGAAUCUUGACACCGAUAUCUACUCUCCCCACAUUGGUGACCCGGUUGUGAGGUCAACGCGCCCAACUUGACAGAAACGCCCACUUCCUGCAAUCACAUCCGGGUCACCAAUCUGGGGAGCGUAGACAACGACAAUGUCAACCUUUAUCUAUGAAAAGGUGUCCCACCAUGGAAUCGAUUUAAAAUUUCUUAUAUGCUAGUGAAUUGGGCUUAUAUUUUUGUAGUGGUAGAUACACUACAUAGAUUAUUUUUAUUUGUACCUAAAACACAUUUGAAAUUCAUGGUAACCACUCAUUCUAGGAACUAGCAAUCCUCUGGAAAAUUUCUUUAGAUUUCUGAAUGUCAGCAUUUAGAAAUUUUGUUCGUCAUAUGCAAUCCAAUGACUAAUUUUAAAUUUAAAAAAUAUUAAUUUAUCUAUAUCUUAAGAUAUAAGGUUAAUAAACAUUUUGAUUCUAUCUGAAAUGCUUGUUAUCCAUCUGAAGCCUGUAAUAAAAUUAAUGUAAAUUUUCAAUUAACAUUAUUAAUUAAAUAUUAAGUUAAAAUUUUUUACAAAAACUUGGAAAAUUCCUAUAAAGUAUUUCAUGAAAUAACUAGACAAGUCUAUUAAAGUAAAAUUUGUAUGAAAAUAAAAUUUUUCAAGGUUUUUUUUAAAACUAAUUGAUCAUAAAUUAAUAAAUAAUGAGAAGCAGAUGAUAUAAUUUAUCAUGUUCCUAUUAAUGAAAUUUUUAGUGAACUUUGUUUUCUCUGGAGAGUGGCUAUCCUGAAGUUCUAUAAGUUUAAAAUUAUUGUUUAUUAAUUUAAUUAUUAUAUUUUUUGUUAUUUAUUUUGAAUUUUUUCACUCUUAAAAACUGCAUGUGAUAGUGGUCGUAAAUAUCGGUGAUGAUCUAAUAUGUACUGUAUAUAGAUCUUUAUAGAUAGUGAGCCAUUUUUUUAGUAUACCUUCAUGCAUUUUCAAUUUCAUAUUUAAAAAAAAAGGUUUUGAAUUGCUCUUUAAUUUUUAUUUUCUGCUCUAGUAGAGGACUAUUUGGGAAAAAUUAAAGAAAGACAAAAACUUGUUUAUAUUUGUAAAACUUCAUACUAACCUCAUUUUCAUAUGCCUAAUGGCUCUUGAAUUAUUGUUAUUAAGUCUCAUAAUAAAACAAGUACGCAAGUUUUA